GGAAACAAUAGGUUUCGCCGUGUAUAUAGAUAGCGCUGAAAUAUACCGUUUUCAUUCUUCCUCAGUUUCAUUCAUCUAAUAAAAACAUCAACCUCCACCAAAUUUCACACCCUUCACACCCUUCACACCAGAGAGCCCGUAAUUCCACUUUAGCAGAUUCCAACCAUCGAUUUUUCAAGUAACCCCCAAGCCCAUUUCGACCUUUCAGCAUAACCACAAACAAAAUUUCCAUCAUGACAUCUAGAAAGUUUUUGCAAAGACACGAAGUCGGGUCCGUUGUUCGGGAUCCAAGACACAAUAAGGUUUAUCGCGCCAAAGAAAAGGCUCUUAGUGAAUGUUCCACUUGGGACCAGGAGUUCUUCGAUCGCAAGCAAGAUGCCGAUAGAGUUGAUGAUCGCGUCGAGACUCGGGAGAGAAGAACUGAGAAGAAAGACAAUGUGCGCGCAGAGACAUUGUCUGACCUUAGUAUGUAGCCACUUGGAGACGACGCAUGUACGAUGAAGUGAUUUAAAAAAGAGUUUGAAAAGGCAACCUUGCCAUAAAAAAAAACAAGAAAAGAAGAAAACGCUCAAAAAAACUGGUUUACAUUGGAACAUUCCUUUCAACAAAAUCGACAAAUAACGUUUGACUUAUAUA